AGAAGAUAGUUGAGAUUUGAAGCCUCUAAGGAGAAAGUAAAAGCUGCAGUACAAUGAGUGCUAUCUGUGUUACUGGUUUGGUUCUUUUAUGCAUUAUCAGCUUUUCUGGUUUCUCAUCUGUUACAGGAUAUGAGGUUGAUUGCAGUAAUUUCAAGAAUGAAGUUCCUGGUGUUGGUUUGGCGUGUCCCAGAUUGUACAAACCACUUUGUGGAACUGAUGGAAAAACCUAUAGCAACAAAUGCAUGAUGUGCAGUGACAAACUGAGACUGAAGAAAGUAAUUGCUGUCAAACAUAAGGGAUCUUGUGACAUUCAAGGAUCUAAGCUUGACUGCGAAAGAUUCCGUGAUUCAAACAUCUGCACAUUGGAAUUUUCACCCCAUUGUGGAUCAGAUGGAAUCUCAUACAGCAAUAAGUGUGUAUAUUGUCAUGGCCAAAAUAAGAAUCCAGGAUUAUCUCUUCUGUUUACUGGACAUUGUUAUGAUGACCAAGAUUGAAUUUAAUAAACAAUACAUUUAUUUGAAGAUACAACUGGGGUGUGGUUAUACUAAUCAUAUAUUGUUCAGGAGAUGUUGGACAUGCAAUAAAUACAUAAUAAUAUAUGGC